CCCAAGAAUAGGGAUUUAUAACAGUGAUGAUUACUGCUGUUUUCCCAGCACCUAGAACAUAGUAAAUAUUCAAAAGAAAUGAUUGAAUCGAUAAAAUUCUAUUACAUCUUUAUUUACAUAAUGCAAUGGACAUUUUAAAAAUUGAUGUGAUUUAUGUGUAAUGACCUGGGGAAAUGCCCAUGAUAUAUUAUUAAAUGAUACAAGCAAGUCACAAAGUAAAGUGUGACUUCAUUUUUGUUUUUUUUUUUUUUAAAGGACAGAAAAGAAAGAACAAGAUUAUAUGUAAAACAUAUUUGUGUAGGCACAGAAAAAUUCUCGAAAUGACGUCCAACAGAGUGUUAACAUUGUUAACAGAGGGAUGGAAUUGAAAGGAUGGAGGGGAAGUUACUUUUUUCUUUUCACAUUUCUGCAUUGUUUAACCUUCUUGGAAGGAAUUGUUUGUGCAAGCCCUUAGCUCAAACCAAACUAGACUUUACUAUGGGAAAGUCAGUAGGCUCGAAUCCGCACACACAUCAGGGAACAGUGAGCUUGAUACUGUUACGUAUUCUUUGUACAGCAUUGGUUUGUUGCCUUUUUAAAAGUAUCUGUUGAACACGGGUAAAUUUUGCUCCUCGCCUCUCGGUAGUCGCUCGGCCUGUUCUUUCCAGCAGGUAUUUCUCCUGCAGAACCUGCCGGCUGGCCCCCGCCCUUAUCUCUGGACUGCUUUGGAACCAGCGCAGCUUCUGUGGGGCAGCUACUGUGUGCACGCUCGACCUUUGCCACCCUCCGCGCUGAUGGGAACUGGAGGAGGAUGUGGUUUAGACACAAUGUGGCCCAAGCGUCCUUGUUUCCUGAAUAUACCCCAAAGUACAGUCCCAUCUCCAGUUUUGAAAGAAUUCCCCGAGAAACGGGGCUUGAGUGGAGCGGGUGGAGGUGAGAGGGGAAGAUGAGGUGUUGGAGAAGCCCGGAGCAUGGGGCCUCUAUUAAUAUUAACUUUUAUUAAGACUUGGCCUUUCUUUCCCCGGGGUUUCACAAAGCAGGAAGUCAAGGGCAGUGGAACAGGGAAGGGAAUUGGCAGGAAGAGAAGACCUUGAGUAAAUUAUUUAGCUGUGACACGAGAUUAAGAGUGAUCCCACCCUCCUCCCUGCCCCACACACCCUAAAGUGGGCCCAGGUUGGGGAGCAGCGCUCCAGCCGCCACUAAUCAUGGAAGCCCAGAGGCGAAAUCAGGUUCCCGGGGACCUGGAAAAUUGCUGGAGUCUGGUGAGGGGCAAAUCAGGAAGUGUCUUUAUCGGAGAUGAGAUGGAACCCGGCUUUGGGGCGCAACCGGGCUCUGGGGGAGACUGCGUUUGCCCAGGUGGCGGGCCGCGCCUUCCGGUGGCUGCGAAGAGAAGGAGCGGAGGUUUCAAGAGCCACAGCGCCUCCGCGAGAGUGGAAAGGAGUAGAGUCGCUCGCGCCUGUUGUGCAAGACGACUCCCCGGGAGACCCACCCGCAGCCCCGCGCCCUUGGCCGGGAGGCCAGGAAAGGCACCGAGGCGGCCGAGAAGGUCCGCGGGGUACCACUCAGCCCCUCCUGCGGCGUCUCCGGCUGCUCCUGCUCAGCCUCCCGCUGCCCGCCCUGAGUCCCAGUUCUCAGAUCGGCCGCAGAGCUGGGGACAGAGGCCGCGGGGUCCCGGACGCUUCGCCCGCUCAGCUGGAGCAGCAGCGCCCCCUGCCGGGGAUCUCGCGCAGGCGAGACAGGCCAGACGCCGGAGGCCGCGGGCGGCGGCCCCUCUGAGGGGCGGAACACAACAGAGCUCCCUUUGCGCGUUCCGAAAAUCAGAUCCCUCGGGCCUGGUACCACCAUCGCCGGCCCAGGUCGUCCAGCUACGACAGGUCGAAGGCCAGUGCUCCAGGCGUUCUUCGCGAGGUGGCUUUGGCGCUCGCGGCCCAGGUUCCCCUCACCUCCGCGCCGUAGUUAACGCGCGCCUUUUGAAAAGCACGGCGUCUUCAGGUAUAAGGACAAAAACAACCGCGGACACCACACUGUUCGAAAGGGGAAAAAUAAAGUGCCCGGAAUCUCAGGGCGCGACUUCCGGGGCGACGGGCGGCGGCGGAGAGGCGCUCCCAGAGCUUCCCACCCGGCAGGAGGCCGCGGCGCCGGGACCUCGCCUGCCCCCACCGUGCGCCACCCCUCGGGAGACGCCGCAAAUCUCUCCAGAGAGCCCCAGGCCGCCGCGGAGACCCAGCAAGGACGGGCAGCCGGCCGAGACCGGCCGCCUGGGGCAACAGCAGCGGGACACGAGCCCCCGGGCGCCCGCUGGGAGCACGGGGAGGCACUGGGCUCAGGGAAGCUGCGCUCCCAGUGGCCUUGGGGGAGGGUCAAGAAGCCCGGGCCCCGCGGCGGGCGGGAGUGGACGCGACUGGUCCGCGUAGGCCGCAGGGGUAGGGGCGGAUCGCUGCUACCUGAGCUCCAUCUGCUCUGAUGGUUGGGGUAGAUCCGCGGAGAUGCCUGAAUACCAGGCCCAGCGCUUCCCCAAGCUGUGUUGUAGACAACGGGCCCGUUUGGGCAUGAACAAAGAAAAAGUUUCAUCCAUUUUUCUGUCUGAGACAUUCAAAGACUCAAAUCUAGACAAUAGGUUCUCUGAGGUAGAAGUGUGGCGGGGGCGGGGCGGGUGGGAGUACACUAAAAGUUAGGGUGAGGAGCUUGCUUCUUGCCUAUUUUGUCUGACUACAGAUUUGCAAAAGGAGCACCCGGCUUUACUCAGUAAUACCAAGCCCUCCUAGAAACUUACCCACUGAACAGCUUCACAUGGCAUGAUCAUUUGAUGAAUCGCUUUUUAGUUUCCCGUUCCGGACAAAUAUCCACCCAAGAGAACCAAUCAUAACACUGGGUGUAUUAAUACAUGUCAAGACUCUCAUUUCUCUGUAGACAUGAUAAGUAAAUGUCAAUUGUUGGUUUUCUGUAGACUUGUGAUCACCCCCAAGAACUGUCAUUUUCCAGUUACCAGAAUCUGAAUCAUUGUCUAAUGUGCUAUGUGUAUAACAAUAUAUCACUAAGAGCGA